CCACACUGUGAGGCAGAGCCUGGCCUUUCUGGCUCUGAGAUGCCUCUGGGGGCUCAACAGCUCCCUCCACUGUGGGGUCUCCCAGGAGCAAAGUCUGGGGAGAGGGAAGAGGAUUCCCACCACCCCUAUGCCCACCACACCCCAAAGGAUUGAACAGAAGUAGCAGGGGCAGGGCAGGGUCCACACUGAAGUCUUGCAAGGAUGCCCAAGGCCACUGUGGCCCAAAACCCUCUGUAACAUCCCUGAUUGUAUGCCAGCUUUGACCUGGGUACCCCACAGAUGUCAUCGCUGGUUGUUAGCACUGACUUUUCAACAUGUGAAAUCAAAGCCUGCCUCUGUUUCACUCAAUAUCUGUACUGGUUCUAUACUUUGGGUCACACAAAACUUUAAUCCAUCCUCCUUGGACUCCACAGGUUUCUGCAAUAGUGCCCAAACUCCCUGGGGAGCCCUCCAAGGUUCCUUUUCUGGGGGUUGAAUAACUGGAGCUGCCUCAGAGAUUUUCUGUAUAACCCUGUCUCCUUGAGCUCCCCAUUCUACUCAUCCUGUUUUCCCCUCCCCACCCUAGGUACUGCAGCUCUGUUAAUAGAGCCCCAGAUCACACUUAACCUGAGUAGCAGUGUUCACUCUGCCUGCAGGUAGGUAUAGGAGAGAAGGGAAAACUCAAUAUGAAAGCUACAUUCUGCCCUACUGUGGCCCACACCUCCACUGUUGCUACCAUUCCAGCCCCUGCCUCAAGCUACAUGUCCAAAAAAUGGACUCAGUGGGUCAGCGCUCCAUACUAUCUGAGCUGCAAAGAGGGAAUGGAGCCAUGACUGUCCUAACAAGGAGAAGUAGUAGGCAUUCCCUCCCAGCUGGGAACUGGGGGCCUGCACCCGAGGCCCAAGCCACAUGGUAACCAUAGGCUGGUGCCUGCAGUAGAAGUACCACUCGUGUCCAGGUCAAGAGCUCAGUCUCCCAGUCACCAAGAACCCUAAUAUACAGCCCCUCCCAAUACCUAAGUUUAAGAAACCAAGUUGUGAGUGUAAGGAGGUGCAAAGCAAAUUCCGGUAACUGAAUCCCUCUUUAAAAUGCAAGGAGGUUGAGCUGGGGGAAGCAGGUUGUAGUCAUGACUGAGAAGAUGCAUCCUCUCAGGCUUCUGGGCUGCAGCACCAGCAUCCCCUGUAGUGUGAAACUGGGUUGUUACAUCUUCAAAGGUACAUUUUUUUCCUGGGGAGGGAGUCUGUGGUUUUCAUCAGCUUCUCAAAGGAUCCAUGAUUCAGAAAAGAUUAAGAGUGCCCCAAAGAGAAGCGGUCAGAGAAGACCUCGGGCCCCCUAAUUUCUCCUAGUGGGUAACGCAGUCCCUCCUUGCCUUCUUUAGCUGGGAACCCGCAAAGCCCAGUGCUGCACAAGAGGCACUAGGGAAUGGGAAAACUGGGGGAGGGGAGGCAAAGAGACAGAAGCUGCGGUCCUCAGUCUGGGACGGCAGAUCCAGACUCUUUCACUGGCCCCCGCCCCCAGCCCUAAUUUCGUAGACCGUGGGCAGGUGGAAUCUGUUUUGGUCCACUAUUGGGCAAACCGCCAAGGCCAGAACGUGCGUCGGCAUUAGGAAGGCAGGAGAGGUGAAUGGCGAGGGGCGGGGCCUGCCCCUGUGCCCGCUCCCCCUCCAGCUCAGGAGUAGGUAGGGCUCCCCCUGGCGGCUCCGGCCCCCAUUCCACUCCGAGGGCGCCCCCACUCUCAAUCUUCUACCCCCACCUAGCACAGGUCGGUCUCCGCGGACCAGCAGACCCACAGACGCGGGAACCGGAGGACAGCCGCCGCGAGCGCCCGGGUGGCAGGAGGGGGUGGGGAGGCGACGGCUGCAGCUUGAGGAGCAGGAGCAGGUGCGGCGGCGACGAGCGGGCGGGGCAGGGACGGAGCGCCGGCUGGGGCGCGGCGCUUGCCUGCGUGCGGCCGGGAGCCUGGAAGCCAGAACCCAGAGUGAGCUGGGCCAGGGCCCUCUGGGAGCGAGGGUUAUCCGGUGAGCCGGGUGCGGUGGUGACUCCGGAGGGCGCAGGAUCCCAAGGAGACAAAAAGGACAGGAGCUGGAGGGGAAUCCGACAGCGGCCAGGGCGCUACGGGGGUGGGGUGGAAAAGAGGAGGCAUACUUGGAGGUGAGGCUGGGGGUGGCGGUGGUCAGAAUAUGAAACUGGAGCUUGGAAGGGAUCUGGGAGCAGAAAUGGUGAGGUGGGAGCAGCGGCGGGGGUUGUGUGAGGUCGGGUUCCUUGGUAAGAUCCUGAGGUAUUAAGUUCCGAGAGAAGGAAGACUGGGUGGGGAAAAGGGGAGCGAGGGGGAGGUAGAGGGGGCUCAACAGCGGAGGGGAGUUGAGCUGGGAAUUAUGGCCAGGUGAGGAGCAGGCCUGUCUGGAGGGCUCACUAGGCAAUUAGCAGACAGGCUGAGGUGUGAGGCUGGUAUAAAGUGAAGCAGGGGCCAGGUGGAGGGGAGGAUGACUCUGGUUGGGGAGGCAGCUCAGAAAUGAGGCCAGCACAAGUGAGGGUGGUCCCAGAGUGGAAAGGUGCCCAGGGAGGAAACGGCACAGUGAGACUCUAGGCUUGGUCAGGGGGUGCCUCCCAUGGGGGAAGCCUCUUCCUGGUGGUCUCUGGAGCUAUGCUGUCCCGCAAGGGCAUCAUCCCUGAGGAAUAUGUGCUGACGCGGCUAGCAGAGGACCCUGCGGAACCCAGGUACCGAGCUCGAGAGCGGAAGGCCCGCUUUGUGUCCAAGAACGGCAACUGCAACGUGGCCCACAAGAACAUCCGGGAGCAGGGCCGCUUCCUGCAGGACGUAUUCACCACUCUGGUGGACCUCAAGUGGCCGCACACACUGCUCAUCUUCACCAUGUCUUUCUUGUGCAGCUGGCUGCUCUUUGCCAUGGUCUGGUGGCUCAUUGCUUUUGCCCAUGGUGACCUCGCCCCUGGUGAGGGCACUGCUGUGCCCUGCAUCACCAGCAUCCACUCUUUUUCAUCUGCCUUCCUUUUCUCCAUUGAGGUCCAGGUGACCAUUGGUUUCGGUGGGCGCAUGGUGACUGAGGAGUGCCCGCUGGCCAUCCUGAUCCUCAUUGUGCAGAACAUUGUAGGGCUCAUGAUCAAUGCCAUCAUGCUGGGCUGCAUCUUCAUGAAGACGGCCCAGGCCCACCGGCGAGCGGAAACGCUCAUCUUCAGCAAGCAUGCCGUCAUCGCUGUGCGCCACGGCCGCCUCUGCUUCAUGCUGCGCGUGGGCGACCUCCGCAAGAGCAUGAUUAUCAGUGCCACCAUCCACAUGCAGGUGGUGCGCAAGACCACCAGCCCUGAGGGCGAAGUGGUGCCUCUCCACCAGGUGGACAUCCCCAUGGAAAACGGCGUGGGUGGCAACAGCAUCUUCCUGGUGGCUCCCCUCAUCAUCUACCACGUCAUUGAUGCCAACAGUCCGCUCUAUGACUUGGCUCCCAGCGACCUGCACCACCACCAGGACCUCGAGAUCAUCGUCAUCCUGGAAGGCGUGGUGGAAACCACAGGCAUCACCACCCAGGCCCGCACCUCCUACCUGGCUGAUGAGAUCCUGUGGGGCCAGCGCUUUGUACCCAUCGUGGCCGAGGAGGAUGGCCGAUACUCCGUGGAUUACUCUAAGUUUGGCAACACCAUCAAAGUGCCCACCCCACUCUGCACAGCCCGCCAGCUAGAUGAGGACCAUAGCCUGCUGGACGCCCUGACCCUUGCGUCGGCCCGUGGCCCCCUGCGCAAGCGCAGCAUGGCUGUGGCCAAGGCCAAGCCCAAGUUUAGCAUCUCUCCAGAUUCCCUGUCCUGAGCCAUUGGCCCCUGGGCCCCCACACCACCACACAGGCAGCGUGGAAUGCAUGCAGAGUGGAUGUGGUGUGGGCCCGUCAGCCAGGCCAGGACCUGGUGUGAGGCUGGCCCCUCCUCAGCUCAGCCUCCCUGCCUGCUGCGCACCCAGGGUAUUGCAAGACACUUGUCACUACGCUAUUUCUGGCCUCAGCAGGAGCCUGUACUGGGUUAUUUUUGUCUCAGCUCCUCCCAACCCCAGCUCAGGACUGGAUGUCCCCCUCCCCCUGCCCUAGGCUGGGGAAGCCAUGGGAAGUGUUGAGCCAUAAAGCAGAGUCUCUGGCCAGUCCUGGGCCCCCAUGAUUGAUUGGGCAGUUGGCUGAGGAAGAACAGUCCCUAGUUUGGGGGGUUGCUGCUCUGUUUCUGUGGCCCCAAGAGAUGCCUGUGGUCAGGCCUCAGCCUCCCAGGGUCUCUGAAAAAGUAAUGGGCUAAUGGGUGGGCCCUGCUAGCUAGGGAGGGCAGUGAAUGACCAGGUGCAUUCCAAGUGGAAGACUGGAGGGGUGGAGCCUUCACAGACAGAGCAGGCGGAGGCUGACAGGGCUUCCCUCUCCAGGGUAGGCUCAGUCAGCAAGGAUGUGGCACGAACCUUAGCAGGCACAGGGAAGAGGAAAUGGGCCCCAUGCCCAACACCGAUGCUUCUACAGGGAGGGCUCCAUGGGCUGGGCUGCCUGCUCCCACUCUGUCCCCCACCCUAGGAGGCUGCAGUGGGAUGGAACAGAUGCUGGUAUGCCAUGCAGAAAGAGGCUGACCAAGCUGGUCCUGGUUUCCCACCAGUGGCUGCCACUCACUUGGUCCAGCGGGUGGCUGUGGAGGGUCUCUGGGUUGUUAGAAAAGGAAAUGUUGGAAUGCUCAGGGUGGUGGCAGUGAGUGAGGUCCCUGAGGCAAAGAAGUCCUUGGUCCUGAAGGGCUUGACCCCAUUCUGGACUGUUGGAUCAGUGCUGUGUGUCCUUGCCCUGAAUCCUGCCUUCUCCUUUGUCAAUAAAGCCUCCCCCUUCAUGA